CUUGUGGAGCAGAAGGACAUCAUCAUGGCCCACCAGGCCCACAAAAUACAGAGCACGCCACAAGCCCGGAGGAAGGAGUGGGAAAUGGCUCGGUUUGGAGACGAGUCCGCUCCGGCCGCGGUGGACUCCGGGGACGGGGAUGCGGAGCGCGGCGACGGCGCGCAGGACGAGGCGGCGGCGGCGGCGGGACUCACGGCGUCCAUGAAACAAGCCACGGCGCAGCGCGCCCGCACCAUGGCUCUGUACAACCCCGUCCCGCACCGAGACAACUGCCUCACCGUCAACAGGUCGCUCUUCAUAUUUGCCGAGGACAACAUCAUCAGGAAAACCGCAAAGCGAAUAAUUGAAUGGCCAUAUCCUUCCAUAAGUGGUUGUGUUUAA